CGCGUUUAGAUCGUGGAGUCUAGGUGUAAAGGAUAACCUCAUAUAAUUGUCCAUUCAGAAUAUUGAAAUUUUUUUUGCCGUAAUUCGAUGAUACGAUCGGUUCCCCGGUUUCGUCGACCAGAGGCCUGGUUUUGGAAAAUAUUUAAAUGCGGAACAAUGGCGAAUUCGGUGAAAAACAGAUGCGUUGCUUUCAAAACCUUCGCUUUCCUGAUUCUGGUAUGUACAUCAGAUUUGUGUGCCGGGCAAAUCCGCUAUUCUAUUCCCGAGGAAUUGGAAGUAGGGGGUUUUGUUGGGAAUAUUGUUCAAGAUUUGGGGAUGAACGUACCGCAGUUGUAUGCUCGUAAAUUUCGGCUCACUUCCGAGGGCGCUGGACAUUACAUGAAGGUGAAUUUGAAUGAUGGGAUUUUGUUAAUUCGUGAAAGAAUCGACAGAGAGCAGGUCUGUGGACAAACAUACGGCUGUACUAUUCCUUUCGAAAUAAUACUGGAAAAUCCUUUGGCAUCGCAACGCGGGGAAGUGGAGGUUCUUGAUAUAAAUGACAAUUCACCCAGCUUCAGGAACAGCAGCAUUUCCUUACAGAUAGCCGAAACGAUUGCACCAGGUGUUCGAUUUCGGCUGGUGAGCGCGGAAGAUCCCGACAUUGGAAUAAAUACCAUCGCUGCUUACACAAUCAGUUCCAACGAGCAUUUUAGUCUAAAAACGCAGAGAACCGAUGACGGUGUUAUAAUUGCUGAGUUACUACUGGAGAAGCCUUUAGGCCGAGAGCUGCAGUCAUCCUUUCGACUGGCGCUCACCGCGACUGACGGUGGAAUCCCUCAGAGAUCAGGCACUGCUCAGAUUCUUAUCACUGUGGUGGACAUAAAUGAUAAUCCACCUGUAUUCGACCAUGACAUUUAUCGGGGCAGCGUAAAGGAGAAUACACCUCAAGGCAUGCUAGUUAUGAAAGUCAACGCCAUUGAUUUGGACGAAGGGCCGAAUGCCGAGUUAGCAUAUUAUUUUAGCCAGCUGUCCUCAGCAAGAGUUAAAGAACUGUUUACUUUGGACCCGCACACUGGGGAGAUUCGGACCAAAGUAGGGCUAGAUUUUGAGGAAACAAGCAGCUAUUCACUCGACAUUGAAGCUGUGGACCAUGGAGUACCUGCAAUUGCUGGACACUCCAAAUUCUUCAUCGAUGUAAUUGAUGUAAAUGACAACGCGCCAGAGAUAAAGGUGACAUCAACAAAACGCAAAAUUCAGGAAAAUGGUCCCCCGGGCACAUUAAUAACCUUGAUCAAUGUUGUCGAUCGCGAUUCUGGAGAAAACGGGCGGUUUCACUGCGAGAUACCAAAAAAUAUCCCAUUUAGACUUCGAACGUCGUCCAAAAAUCAUUAUGAGUUGAUUACCAGUGAAUCCCUGGACCGUGAAAGUGUCUCUGAGUAUAACAUACAUUUUCUAGCUUGGGACAUGGGGUCACCGUCACUGUCAACAAAUAAAACAAUCCAGAUUUCAAUAUCGGAUGUAAACGAUAACGCCCCACGUUUUGGUGAAUCCUCUUACAACGUAUAUGUGAUGGAGAACAAUGCUCCGGGUACAUCUAUUUUCGCAGUGACUGCAAGCGAUGCUGACCAGGCCCAGAAUUCAUAUGUUUCUUACUCCUUUAAGGAAAAUCUUCGCCAAGACUUCCCUGCGUCCAGGUACCUCAGCAUCAACUCGAUAAACGGCACAAUUUACGCACAACGUUCAUUUGACUAUGAGAAACUUAAAAGCUUCCAGAUCCAUGUUCAAGCCCGUGACGCUGGUGUACCCCCACUAAUCAACAGUGCUACUGUGACUGUGAUAAUCCUGGAUCAAAAUGAUAACUCUCCGGUAAUUGUUUCACCAAUAUCACAGAUGGGAUCAGCAGCAGUGUUGAUGCUGCCCCAAACAGCGAGCCAAGGGUACUUGAUCACCAAGAUCAUAGCAGCAGAUGCAGAUUCUGGUCAGAACGCACGGCUAUCUUAUCAGGUGCAAAGAUCCACCGAUCCCAGUUUGUUCAACGUUGGACGAACGUCCGGUGAAAUCAGAACUGCCAGACCUAUUUUGGAAUCAGGUACGACCACACAUUCUCUCGUUAUCUUGGUGAAAGACAAUGGGCAGCCUUCGCUCUCCAGUACGGUUUCAAUUCACAUCACAGCUGUGGAGAAUAUCACUGACAUAAUUACUGAAAGCAGCAACUUCGUAGCAAAACCAGAAUAUUUCUCUGAUGCGAAUCUUUACUUAAUUGUAAUUUUCGGUUGCACUUCCGUUUUCUUUCUCGUGGUUAUCAUUUUGCUGAUUGGCAUCAUGUGUAAACAUGAUAGAAAUACCGUCGAAGAAUACAAUUCUUCAAUCUAUUGUUCCAGACCUGGAGAUUCUCGAGAUGCGUUUCCUUGCAGGCGUGCAAUGGAGGAAACUUUACGCUAUCCCGGGACAGGCCGGGUGCUCUCCGUCCCAGAACCACACCAAUACUCGGUCUGUCUGUCUCCAGAAUCAGCCAAGAGCGAUUUUCUGUUUUUAAAACCGUACGGCGUUUCCACGUCCCAGGCCCGAUGCUAAAUUAAGAUGGUCGGCUGACAUAAAGCGGCAACAAACCAUUGCCGGGCAAUAUUAUGCCUUGUCAUGUCUAAUAUAUGGUGUGAAACAUGUAUGCAAAUAUACUGUUUGUUUUUUCCCUGUUAAGAAAAGGAGCUCAUUUAUGGAAAAGGUCGGAAAAAACGACCACCAACCUCUGGAUUACAUGCAUUCGAAUCUGGUCACUGUUCACUUCCAAGGAAAACCUACAAUUGGUCACCGAAUGGUUGCAUCAUUCCGUUUUUGCUCUGCAAGCUACACAGAAGCAUCUCAGUGCGUCCGCACAAUUGUAGACAUUGAAAACAUUUAUCAACAAGAAUAUGUUGUCAAACUUGUUGAAAAGGAUUCUGUAUGAAUCGUUUCAGCCAUCUAAUUGAAUCUGACGAUGAUUCUGUUUCGAUAUGUGUCGAUUUUUGGUUUUAGAUAAAAAGUGCACAUGAUCCUCUCAUUUAUAUCGAUUUUAAACGCAAGUAUAUUACAUUGAAUAAAGGAAAAGCUGUAAGAUUAAUUGUUUUAUAUUAUUUUAAAAGUAGCUGCUGAAGUCUAUUAUUGUGCAAGUUAAUCAAAUCAGAUCCAAGAAUAAGAUGUUUCGCCGCAGUUGGCAAUAAAUAUGAUUGUACUCUAGAUGAGCACUAAAUGUAUAUUUGAUCGUUAAUAUAUCGUUCAAAGUGUUCCGAUUUCGAUCACUUCACAAUUCCAUCGCGAAUAUGAAUUCCGUGAUAUUGUUUGCAGCAGUUUGGGGAGUGAUUUCUGGGCCAAAAUAGCUGCGAUUGACUGGACAAAUCACAAGAGGCUGGGGCUAAAUUGUCUAUAGCAUCAUGCUAUAUCCCAGGAAAGAAGAACAUGGAAAGGUUGCCAAGUGAUGUCUGAUUGAUGUCACCUGGCCGAAGAGUCCGCAAGUAGUGAAGGGAGCCUAUUGGAGUAACACCGUUACCGACAGCGUCUGGUAUUUCAACUUGAGUGAUAUUACUUUACAGAGUUUUGCAUCAUUUCUGAUGUUCACAUUCUCGAGAUACUGGAUUCUGUAAGGCCGUUUCCACCAAGUGCCAAUCGCUGAAAAUCCCGUAUUUCGGGGCGCACCUUCCGUCGUUCGCUUUCCCUGCACAAUCCUCAAGAAAUCCUGGUUAUAGUCCAUUCAUCAGUUAAAAUGUCAAUUCCACACCAGUGCAUGGAUUAUCAACGCGUCACGAGCAGCAUGUGAUGUGUAUGCCUGUUCGUGCACGUUUGUGAAUUGUGAACGUGCUGCAUGCGG